CGUGAUCAGAUGUAUUUGUGAAGCCAGCUCGAACGGUUCUUGGUUUUAAGUACACGUACUCAACGUGUAUCUACGUAUGUACAUACAUAUAUUGGUUGUACGUAUGUGCGGCUUAGUUCCAUCGCUACGAAUUUGCCUAUCUUUUGGAUCCUUUUUAUUGACUUUUCGGCAGAAUAAAGUUAAUAACACGGAAAUUACGUGGUUCUACUUACAUAUUUUAUGAAAACGGCGCAAAAAUUUUGUGCAUGCGAGAUUUCAUCAAUGUAAUACAGUGAAUAGACGAAGAAGAGUAACACAAAAAAAAAUUAUCAAGUCAAAAAGGUUUGUGUAUACACAUGCAGUGAAUGCGACAGCGGUUUGUAUGUACGUGUGCACAAGUGAGAAGGGAGAUAUAAUUCGGGCCAACUGGCUCAUGGUGCAACAGCAAAAAAGAAAGAAGCCAUCAGAAAAGCUUUUGUAAAAACAGUAGUAGAAGUACCGAAGAAAUGGCGACAAAACGUAACACAUGAGUGAAUAUUUUCGCUGAGUAAAUUUAAUAUAUUUCAAGACAACGACGUUACUGAAUCAACAUCAGUACAAAAAAAAUUUACGAUUAAGUUCACAUGGAUGCCACAAACACGCAAUGUUUAAUCAUCAAGCCCAGGGCGUAGACAAAUCUGUUUGUAGAUACUAACAAUCCACACAGCCCAUUUUGUAAACGCAAAAAUAUCAAUAACUAUGAAUGUAGAAAUCAUGUGUAAAGCUAGUUCUGGCAAGAAAAAGAGCGAUAGAAACACCAAACCGGUAAUUCAAGAUGGUAGGGAUAAGUUGCUAGAAGACUUAUUGAUUUCAAUGCCGACAUAUGGAAAUAAUAUUUUGCCGCAAAAAGAAAAAAAUUCUCACUCACCGUCAUGCCAGGAACGUACAAAAAGCUUUGAUCAUGUUUACGCAACAAGCACUAAUUGUAGUCAAUUCAGCAUCAAAAGCAAGGAAAGUAGCCACACAAUUCUGGCAAAAAGCCAGCUCAAAAAACGAAGCACUGCCAACAAAGCGCUUGGAUUCGAGAUUUUUUAUGGGUUCGGCAGCGGUGUUAAUAACGAAAAUGAUGCAAAAAUGCGGGGUAAAAAGAGGGGAAAGAGGUUACUUCGGCUUAACCAAGCAUCGGAGUAUUUGGUGUCCUGCAAUUUAGAGAGUAGUAAAAGCUCGACAAAAUCAUUUCAACGGCAAAGUGAGGAACGAAUUAUAGCAGCUGCAAUGCCAAACAUGUCAAAGUGCGGUCCUGAUAAUGCUCACGAUAAUGCCGAUGGAGCGUCCGAUCUACCAACAUCGGCGCUCUUUUCUAAUAAACCCCGACAAAGUGAUAGUCAUCAUAAGACUAAGUGUCGUAAUAGCAGAACUUAUCGCAGCCAAGUUAGAAGCACAUCAGCAAUAGCGCCAGGAAUUGCAGCAGCUGAUGCGCCAAAGCCAAUGGCGACAUUACCAGAUACACCAUCGACGCAAAAAAUAACAACAGCGACGUGGGUGAGUGCAUCACCGCAAACUUCGGAAACGUUUUUAACAAAUCCAUUAUUGGAAACAAUGUCGACGACGCCAGUCGAGGUGGCGUCUUUGGCGCCAGCGUUAUUAGAAUUCCUGGUUUUCCCAAAGGCUUGGCAGCAAAUUGUAACACUAUUGCGGAACUCUGUAGAAGAUAUCACUUCGCCAUCAAAGUUAUCGAUGGAAGGAGUUAAAUCAGCGCCAGAAAUAGCAAGAAGAACAACGAAAAAUGCUAAAUCAGUGAAUAGACUGCAAGAGCAGUCAAUUACAGCAACAGCAACACUAACUUCAGCAGCAGCGGCGCCUACAGCAGGAGCGACGGUAGCGCGCUAUAAAGUAGCUGCUGAAGCCAUAUUGCCUGUGCAUUCAUCGAGCAGCUCAUCGUCGCGUACAAAAUUCCGGUUGCUACCAAGUUUAGGUGCCACGUCGUUCUUUACGUUAUUGACGCUCAUUUGUUUAGAAACGGUACUACUUUCCACCGUAUCGAAUUGUGCAAAAACAUUCUACAUGCAUUGGAAUACAUCGAACAGCAUAUUUCGUAUAGAUAAUACAGAUCACAUAAUUGAUGUAAACAAAGGAAAUUUAGCAUUUGAAUUCGACCAAGUGCAUAUAAUAUGUCCGGUUUAUGAACCAGGAACCUUUGAAAAUGAAACGGAGAAAUAUAUAAUAUAUAACGUGUCAAAGGUGGAGUACGAGACAUGUCGGAUAACGAAUGCGGACCCGCGUGUUAUAGCCAUUUGCGAUAAACCGCAAAAAUUAAUGUUUUUUACAAUAACUUUCCGGCCAUUUACACCGCAGCCAGGUGGUUUGGAGUUCCUUCCUGGAAAUGAUUAUUAUUUCAUUUCAACUUCAUCAAAAGAUGAUCUUUAUCGGCGAAUAGGUGGGCGAUGUUCCACGAACAAUAUGAAAGUGGUUUUCAAAGUGUGCUGUGCUCCCGAGGAGAAAAACAAAACAUUAUUAAAUACUGGUCUUAGCAGUGGAACAUCCUCGGGUGGUAGCAGCAACGCAGGCAGUGUUGGUAUAGGCAUCAACUCGGCCGACGGCAGUGGCAUGACAACUGGUAUUGAUAAUUCGGCCAAUGUAGAUGUUGUCAAUACUCAAAGUAAUUUGAAUCAACAUCAACAUAUAAAUAACAUUAAUACAAUCGGUAUGAAUGGUGUUAACACUGGCUUAAUACCGAUCGGUGGUGUCAAUAUAGGCAUAAGUGGCGGCGUGGGCACAAACAAUGGUGGAAUGGUGCAGAUGAAGCCGAUGAAUGGCGCUAGUGGAACGUCAAUCAAUACAAAUAUUGAUCAAUUUAAUCGUAUACCAAUACAAGCUGGCGGCAUUAAUGUUAUGGGCAACAAUAUUGGUGGGCUUGGCGGUAUUGGCCUUGGUGGCCAUGGCGGCGGUGGCAUUAUGCUAACGCCCGGCGGUCAUGGAGGUAUAAAUAUGAUAUCCAGUGGUGGAGGUAUUGGCAUCGGACAGUAUCCUGGUCAUCCCGGUCAGACUGGUAUUCGUAUAAAUAAUGUAGCGUCUCAGCAACAUCAUGCAACUCAUAAAAAUAAUAAUAAUAAUGGUAAGGAUGCCGGAGCGGGUAGUGUUGGUGUUAGUGAUGAUGUUAGUGUUGACGGUGGUUCGCUUAAGAACAUAAAUUUCGGUGAUGCCCAGUUUCUACCACCAUUCAUUAAUACAAACCAUAGCAAUAUUGUACAAAGUACAAUUAACUGGCCAGGAUGGGGUAGAGGCGGUACCAUACAUUCUAUAAACCAUAACAUAACUACUACCACAAGAAACGAUAAUAAUAUAAAUGAGAAAAACAAUAAUUAUUAUUCACCGUCCCAUAGACCGAUUAACAAUAAAACUAAUACUAAAAAUGAUCACUACGAUAAACAUCCGAAUGAAGUAGUGAAAAAUGAAGAGCUCACCUACAACAGUGGCGCAACAUCAGUACAACCUUCGCCCUUAUGGAAAGCCAUCGGAACAGCUGUAAGCUGGCCGGUCGUCAAUGUAUUUGGCUGGUUGUUAAGUCGCAGUAGUACUCCGAUUUCAAUGUCUUCGUGUAACACCUGCCGAAAAGAUCAACAAGUGAAGGCCUCACUGGAUUUUCAAAGUUCAUUUCACAUAACGCAAAGCGAUUCAAAACCUUUUCUGUUCAGCUAUAUGCAUAAUCUUAAGCAUUUAAUUUUAAACUACAAAAAAGUGAUGAUACUUAAGUUUAGUGAAACCAGACAAUUGGGUGAAAACGCCACUACAAAAAAUAAUGCAGUAUUACCUAGUAGAACAACUGGCGCGGCAAAUUCAAGUUCAUUAGCUAUAAAUGCGUUCGUGCCUCAUGUAUUGCAAGACACAUUUCACACAAGUGUAAAAGAAAAGCUAACACUGAUAGAUUUAAAGUCUGCAUUUGUUAAACUUAUACCGUUUAAAACAGUAGGAUUGAAAAAGACAUCUGCUAAUGCGAUUGCCUCCAUGGCUUCUGCCUCCGCCUCUACGCAGUCUUUUGUCGUCGUCUGGCAAGUAGAGAACAACACUACAUCAAAUAGAGUUUGGUUAAAUCUACCACUUAUUAAAUACUGCCGCAGUCAAAAAUUUAGUGUAAGUGUAAAAGUGAUAAGAUUUCGGUGAACCUUUAGAAAUAGUACUGUAAAAUUUAAUUUAUAAAGCGUACAUUAAGCGUAAAUUAAAGUAAAUCAUCUUUAGUAUUAACUAAAUUGAGAACGAUAAACAGGUACAUUUAAUUUUAGGAAAACAUAGAAUAUCCACUCGAAAGCUUAAAUUACCAUAAAAUAGAGUCUAAAGUCGUGAGCCGUGAAUGCAUCAUAACAGUUUUGUAAAUACAUACAUUCGAAGCUAAAUACUUCGCACAUUGAACGCGCAAAAGCUCAUAAUGCAUGUGCGUGCGUAAUAAUGUGUUAAUAUACUUAGCAACAUAAACUAGAAUUAAUCAUGCUGGCGUAUAGUAUUUAGUGUAGCGAAGAACAAGUUGCACAUUUAUAAACUAAGGUCACACGGCGAAACGGGGCACAUUCAUAAUUGGAAUCGUUUUUCCAAUGCAAUGACCCGAAAAUAAAAAUUUGCACAAUGCUUUUAUGUUUUUGUUUUCUAAUAACUGCAAUAUGCUGAUUGAGCAUAUAUAAGUGCGAAUUGAUAGAAAAGAUCGCCGAUAAUGAUUAAACAACAAAAAUAAGGAAUACUUACUGCUGGUUUUACCAGCAAUUUAAGUGAAAAAUUAUUAUUUUUUCAGAUAAAAAUAUGAUUUUCCACUUAAAUUGAUUUAAAUGCGAUUUGGUAACGACUUCUGUUUCAUAUACAGUAAUAAUAUCAACGCUUUUUCUAAUAAAUAUUUAUAAAAAAUACUUCUUACCAGAAUAUGAAAAUGAUCUUUUAAUGAUUCGGCAGUCCGCACUGAGUGAAAUUUAGAGUCAAAUGUAAACUGACACGCUUUCUAGGUCAUCUGUUAGCCUCUUAAAAAAUUGGCGGAAAAUACCAUUUCUGUAUUUUGGUAAGACUCUCCAAGCCAUGUAAAAUCGCAAGUACGGCGCGUUUUGCUUUUUAAUUUCUUAUAGCAGAUAUAUUUUUGUAUAAACUUUGAUUAGCCGGGUCAUUGUUGAGAAAAA